AUGUCAAACAAGCAGGGAAAGAUGGCUGGCUAUAUCAACUGGCGCAUGCGCGUCACGUUGAAUGAUGGUCGCGCCAUGACCGGCCAAAUGCUGGCUUUUGACAAGCACAUGAACCUUGUCUUGGCAGAUACCGAGGAAUUUCGCCGCACCAAACGACGACAGAACAAGCCCGCGGCUCCUGGCCAAAGCGGCACGCAAACCGUCGAAUCUGAGGAGAAGAGGACCUUGGGCUUGACCAUUGUCCGCGGUGCCCACAUCAUCUCUCUGUCUGUCGAAUCGCCGCCUCCAGCAGACCCCAGUGCGAGGUUGAACAAAUCCGGGCCAGCUGGCAUCGGCUCUACUUUGAGUGCUGGUCCUGGAGUCGCAAAGCCUGCUGGCCGUGGAGCUGCUCCUCCUUCUCUAGCUGGCCCUGCUGCUGGCGUUGGCGCUGGUGCGCCUCCAGGCUUCCCCGGCUUUCCUGGCGCUCCCCCCGGUUUCCCCGGUGCUGGACGCGGUGGACCGCCUCCUGGCUUCCCCGGCGCCGGUGGCUUCCCUCCUGGCGGUGGCCCUCCCGGCGGCUUCCCUGGUGGCUUCCCCGGUGCUCCCCCAGGCUUCAACACUGGCGGCGGGCCUCCCGGGUUCAACCCUCCCCCUCGACGAUGA